GACAGUGGAGCUCAGUCAGUAGACAGUACACACCUCAGUCAUCUGGUUAGUGAUUCGCGGGUAGUCGUACGUGUUUGUUCGGUCUCUCGCGCUGGGUUACUUUUUGUCCCAAAUGACAAUAAACCACUUUACCAUCCACAUCCAUCACCAGUACCAGGACUUUGUUGUCUUAAAGUCCUGAUACCACUCGAACCUGAUAAGUGGCAUCUAUGCCCAGUGAUAUAGUCGCCGAUUUUCGAGGGCCAUCAGAUAUUAAAACGGGGCAGAAUAUAGUUAUUGUAUAUUUUUAAAAUUAUUUAAAAUAGGUAUCGGUUAUUUAAGUGCUCGGAAGGAGGAAGGGGUGCGUCGUUGGACCGUUCGACCGGGAAAUGACUAUAUCCUACGCUAGCGAAGUACCAAACGGAUCCAGCUUUGGCUGUUUCUGGAGAAUACUCCGCAAAUGGCGAGGAUCUGUCUACAAGUUAAUAUGGCGGGAACUUUUGGUCUACCUCUUUUUGUACUACCUGAUCAAUUUAACUUACAGAUAUGUCCUCAACGAAGAACAACAAAGGAUAUUCGAAAAGGUACGUUACUAUUUCGGCAACUCGAGCGAAUCCAUACCGAUGUCCUUUGUGCUGGGGUUCUACGUAAGUCUUGUAGUGAAGCGAUGGUGGGACCAAUACAAACUUCUACCCUGGCCAGACAACCUGGCUCUCUUUAUCAGUGCAGCCAUUCCUGGAAACGACGAGAGAGGAAGAUUAAUGAGACGUAACAUUGUAAGGUAUGCAGUACUUGCUUAUGUUAUUACACUCCAAAGAAUUUCAUUGAGGGUAAAGAGACGUUUUCCUACCCUUCAACAUAUUGUAGAUGUCGGUCUGAUGAUGGAGUCGGAGAAAAAAAUAUUUGAGAUGAUGAAUAAAAAAGCAGUAAUGUCCAAGUACUGGAUGCCCUUGGUCUGGGCAACCAACAUAAUAAAUCGUGCGAGGAAAGAGGAUUUAAUAACGAGUGAUCACGUUGUCCAGACACUCUUGGUAGAGCUGAGUGACAUCAGGAAACGUCUUGGUGCUCUCAUUGGUUACGACACUGUCUGCGUACCUUUAGUUUACACUCAGGUGGUAACAUUGUCCUUGUACGCGUAUUUUUUCUCAGCGCUACUGGGUCGCCAGUUUGUCGUUCAUUCUGCGGGAGCAGGAAAAUAUGAAGAGCCAGACAUGUAUUUUCCAGUAUUUACGACACUUCAGUUUUGCUUCUACGUCGGCUGGCUUAAGGUUGCUGAGGUAUUGAUAAAUCCGUUUGGAGAAGAUGACGAUGAUAUUGAACUUAACUGGCUCAUUGACCGUCAUAUUAAGGCUAGUUAUAUGAUUGUCGAUGAAAUGCAUGAAGAGCAUCCAGAGCUCCUGAAAGACCAAUACUGGGACGAAGUGGUGCCGAAAGAUUUGCCAUAUACUGUUGCAAGUGAACAAUAUCGUCGUGAAGAACCCAAAGGCUCGGCAGAGCACUACAAAAUUAAAGAAAGCGAUGCCUUGUACGCUAAUGUCAUGCUGGGAUCACAGAUGCACAGCGUCAAUCAACACAGAAAAGUUCAUCAGGAUGACGUGUAUGCCGAUUAUGAGAGUGUAGAUACGCCUCUGGUUGAGCGCAGAAAAAAUUGGCUCCAACGUCAGAUUAUUCGAAUGGGCUCUGUAAGAAGUUCUUCAACAACUUACAGCAGUAAUGGAGGUUUUUUUACGCGGAAUCGACACAAUAGUGUGUACAGUAGUCCAGAAAAUGGAGUUUUACCUCAGAAUAAUUCAAAUUCUAACAACAAACCAUCGUUUUAUGAUCGUAUGGUAGGAAGGAAGAGCAUUCGUAGCCAACGUAUGAGUCGUCAAGGUACCAUGACAAAGUUAAAUACAGUCCCAGUAUCUUUAAAGAAUCGACCGAGAAUCCCAACACCAGACGUAACAAAGGAAGUAGUAGAUCGUGAACAAAGACUGGCACUAGCUGCCAGUAAUACAGCAAAUAUCGGAGCUGGAGUUGUGGGAGUUAUCCCAGCAAAUGGAACUCUUUCAUCUGAUGUUCCGACAGUUGUCCACGUUGUUUUAUCACCAAUUGCUGAAGCGGAAGCCAACAACCAAGCUUCGGGAAAAGGUGGGACUGCUGCACUAGCUCAAGCUGUCUUAUCACCGACACUGACUUCGGCUGGAAUAGUGACUCCAGUGACACUGACACCUGUCACAAUGAGUCAAUUAACUCAAUUGGGGAUCGUAACCACCGCAUCAUCACCAAUGCCGCGGAUAAAUAACGUCCAGACAAAUUCCAACGAGGCGACACUGACAGAAGUUAACAGCAGUGAGGAAGAAGGUUCUAUUGCCGGAAGUAGCAUUAAUUCAGAGAGCACAGCGACUACCGUCGAGCAACAAAAUGAACAAGUUGAACAAGCUGAGGAAAGUGACCGCUCGACUCCGAUGAUCGGCGAGCGUCAGAGUCCAAUCGGUGGUAGCCAUGGAAGCACCCCGACAUUCGACUCUUACAAUGAGCGAUCGGCUAUUCUGAUGAGUCCAGAAAAACUGAGUGGCUACAUCAUGAAUCCUGUGUCGGAAAUUCAAAAAAAGCAGAGCAAUUUAGACGCUCGAGGAAGAAGAUCAACUUCACUACCCUGUCCUCCAGCUAAUAUGCUACGAGAUGAUCGCAGCAACUCGUUACCUCACUCGCCCGGUGUGCCGGCCAUCAACAAACACGUAAAUCCAGUUAUAGGAGGAUUAAAUUCGCUUAAUUUAGACGGGAGACAGAGGACAGGAAGUGUUGGAAGAGAUCUCACGAGGACUCGGAUCCACGAGCCUCAUCGACGCAUCAGCUCGCCUGCUAGUACCAAUUCAAAUAUUUUAGCUGCUAAUAAUGUCACGAGACAGAAUUUGCCUGAUGAUAAUCGCGGCGAAGUUUAUGUUUAAUUUAAAUUUAUCGACUACUCGAUUUUAUACUCAGAAUAACACGAAAUUUUAGCGACCGAACUUGAGUCAGUCUUUUAGUUUGAUGUAAAUAUUAUUAUUAUUUAUAUAUUUUGUUUUAUUAAUUUGAGCACAGUCAUCAUAAUAUUUAUUUGUGAUAUCACACUGUCGCCAAUACUUGGAUUAUUUGUUAUUAAUCAAUUGUAUAUAUAUAAAUAUUAUUGAUAUUAUUAAUUAUUACUAUAUUUUAUUAGAUAAAUUAAGGCCAGACCUGAUAAUUGAGGUCUCGAUGCCAUAAUUAUUUAUUAAAAGUCUUAAGACUCUCAAGUCUUAAACUUUUUUUUACCACGAGCCAUAUUUUAUUUGUUAUUAAGACAAACUAUUAAUUGAUUUAUUGUAUAAAUAUGGAAUGCGAAAUAACUGACAGUAUUUGUUGUUUAAGUAGUAAACAAAAAUUGGCUGGUGCUUGUAUUUAGUUGUUAUUAUUAUCAAUUCUAUUAAUCUACUUGUGAUAGAUUAAUCAAUCAAUAGCUCAAUUCUUGAGGCAAUUUAAUUAUUAGAUUUGUAUCCAUAAAUUUAUAGUUAUUAUAAAUUAAAUAUUUUUAUUAAAAUUAAUAAUUAAUUAAAAUAUCUGUACGAUGAUAUAUUUAUUAAUCAAUUUAUUGAUCGUGUGCAAUCAAUAUAUUAAUUAUUAUGUUUAAUAUUUUUAUCCAAGAUAACAUAUCCCACGAUAACUUGCCCGAAAAGAAUGAACGCAGUCAAUCGUGUAGAUUAUUAUUAUUAUUUCUAUUAUUAAUAUUAUUAUUUUAUAAGUAAAUUUAAUUAAGAUUUACCAGUAUUUAUAUGUAAGUUUAUAGUGGUAAAUAAAUUAUAUAUUAUAUUUAGAUAAUUUUUAGUUUUUUCUGUAUAAAAUAUUAAUUUUAUGGGCUUAGACAAUAAAAAUAAUAAAAUUUA